CAGCGGCCGAACAGCAGCCACGUCUCAUGUUCCUGGAAGGAAUGCGACGCCAAAACAUCAAGGCCAAGACGAAGAAAAACCUCGCUUUUCCCGCGCUUUUAGCCUUUUCUAUCUUUUCAUCCCUUUCACUCUCUUUUUUAUUUUCUUGCUCUAUUUCCGCCUGGAGCGUGUUUUGUGAUCGUCCCCAUUCGAUUCUUUUUUGUCGUUUGUUUCUUUUAAUUUAUUACCUGCCGUUCAUUUUUUAUAUCUCCCACGCGAUCUGGUAUCGCGGAGUCGACUUUCCUUCCUAAUCGCUUAUCCUUAAUACAGUUGUCCGGGGUUGAAGUGGCCUGCCAUGCACUUUUCAACAAUCAUUUCUGCUUCCGCCUUUGCCGGUCUGGCGACUGCUUCUCCGUCGUUCUUUCGAAGAAAUCCUCCUGCCGAGGAGGCUGCACCCGUGGCAUGCGAGCCAGUCACUGUUCAUGAGACAGUCCAUGAGACUGUGCACGUGACGAUACCUGGGGAGGUAGUCCAUGAGACGGUUCACGAGACUGUUCAUGUGACUGAGGUUGUGCACCAAACCGAGACGGUACAUGCGACUGUGACGGAGGUUCAGCAUGUGCCUGUUGAGAAACCAGUCACAGUUAUCGAGACUUCAAUCGUCCACCAAGAAGUCGAGAAGCCCGUUACAGUCAUCGAGACGGUUCACCAAACGAUCGAGCAACCCGUGACCGUGGUUGAGACUUCUGUUGUUCACCAGACAAUUGAGCAGCCUGUUACAGUCAUUCACACCCAGCCCGUCGAAGUCGAGGUCGAAAAGCCAGUCACAGUUGUUGAAACUGUCCACCAAACGAUUGAACAACCAGUUACAGUUGUCGAGACAUCUGUAGUACACCAGACCAUCGAGCAGCCCGUUACAGUCAUCCAUACCCAACCAGUCGAAGUCGAGAAGUCUGUCACGGUGGUCGAAACUUCAGUUGUUCAUCAGACCAUUGAGCAGCCAGUCACUGUCGUUCACACCGUACCAGUCGAGGUUGAGAAACCUGUGACAGUCGUUGAGACUUCUGUCGUGCACCAGACAAUUGAGCAACCUGUGACCGUCAUCCAUACACAGCCAGUGGAGGUCGAGAAGCUCGUCACAGUGAUCCACACCCAGCCAGUCGAGGUGCCAGUUCAGGUACCAGUUACAGUCAUUCACACUCAACCUGUUGAAGUACCCGUUGAGAAGCCCGUGACUGUCAUUCAUACAUCCGUGGUUGAGAACACAGUUGUCCAUACUUCAGUGGUUGAAGUCGAGAAGCCUGUCAACGUUGAGGUACCCGUCACAGUGGUGCAUACUCAAGUCGUUGAGAAGCCAGUUCAGCAGAUCCAUACUGUUGAGGUUGAGAAGCCCGUUGAGGUUGUUCACACUGUCGAGGUCGAGAAGCCAGUUCAUGUCACUGUCAUCCAGACAGUCACUGAGCACGUCGCUGCUCAACCUACCGCUCAUCCUGUUGAGGCUCCGCAAGAACAUCCCGUUGUCGUCAUUGAGCAGCCUGAGCAUGAAGCACCAGCCCAUGAAGCACCACCGCACGAGACAGUUGUCGUGGAGGUCCCUGAACACAAACCAGCAGAAGAGGUUGCAGCGCCUCACGAGACUGUCGUAGCUGAGCAUCCCGCAGCGCCUCCAGCUCACGAAACACCAGUUGUUGUCGAACAUCCCGCUGCACCAGCACCAGCGCCACCAGCUCAUGAGACGUCCGUCGUUGUUGAGCACCCAGCAGCACCAGUCGCGACAAUGGGCCACGAAGCACCUGCUGCCGAACACCCUGCUGCGCCAAUAGCAACAAUGGCUCACGAGGCUCCUGCAGCUGAGCAUCCCACCGCACCUCAGCCUGCGGAACCUCAUGAGGGUGCAGGCGAGAUGCCUAUCGCUGAAGCAGAAGCCCUACAGCAUCCUGACAUCCCUGUUCUUCUACCCUCUGGUGGAGUGUCGGGUAAGAAUGCUACAGUGGCGCCUACAUAUCCGGGACGUCGCGCUAUUGUUCGCCGGUGGUGAUUCGAAUAGAUUGCUGUACGAGUAAAUAAACACUCAUGAUACCUUAGAAUGGAAGGGGUCGGAUAGCACAGGCACAAUAAUAAUGAUCUGGACAUGGUUAGCCUGGGAUAAGUCUUGGAUAGGAUAAAUGACUACAAAUUGACAUAAAAUUUCCAAGCUUGCUUAGUUUCGUGACGCAACGUCAAUGUACUUAACCCUAAUGCAAUUAG